AGCUGACCGGCCGCCAUUUUGUCAACCGCCCCGGCUUUGCCCUGGGAGAAGUGCCGUGAGGGGAGGAAUUUGUGUGUGUGUCCGUCUCUUCCCCCCCCCGGGGAAUGUGAGCCGCGUCCGGCGCUUUCCCUUCCCCUUUCGUCCUCGCCGAGGCCUGGUGCGGCCCCUCCCCGGGGGAGCCCGCCCCUCCCCCACCCCGUGCCCCUCGCCCCCCUCCCGACCACCCCCUCCCUCCCUCCCUCCCUCCAACCGGCCGCCGCGAUGGCGCUGAAGAUGGUGAAAGGCAGCAUCGACCGGAUGUUCGACAAGAACCUGCAAGACCUGGUGCGGGGCAUCCGCAACCACAAAGAGGACGAGGCAAAGUACAUCUCGCAGUGCAUUGAUGAGAUAAAGCAAGAACUGAAGCAGGAUAACAUUGCAGUAAAAGCAAAUGCGGUUUGCAAGCUUACCUAUCUGCAAAUGUUGGGUUAUGACAUCAGCUGGGCUGCCUUCAAUAUCAUCGAAGUCAUGAGUGCAUCAAAGUUUACCUUUAAAAGGAUCGGAUACUUGGCUGCCUCUCAGUGCUUUCAUGAAGGGACGGAUGUCAUCAUGCUGACGACCAACCAGAUACGAAAGGAUCUCAGUAGCCCCAAUCAGUAUGACACUGGCGUUGCCCUGACUGGUCUGUCCUGUUUUGUGACUCCAGAUCUGGCCCGAGACUUGGCAAACGAUAUCAUGACGCUGAUGUCGCACACCAAGCCUUACAUCAGGAAGAAGGCAGUGUUAAUCAUGUACAAAGUGUUCUUGAAAUACCCCGAAUCCCUUCGGCCUGCAUUCCCUCGCCUUAAGGAGAAACUGGAAGACCCUGAUCCUGGGGUCCAGUCGGCGGCCGUGAACGUUAUAUGCGAGCUGGCCAGACGUAAUCCGAAGAAUUAUCUCUCCCUCGCUCCGCUCUUUUUUAAGCUGAUGACGUCAUCCACCAACAACUGGGUCCUCAUUAAAAUCAUCAAACUGUUUGGCGCACUCACUCCGUUGGAACCCAGGCUAGGGAAGAAGCUGAUAGAACCCCUGACCAACCUCAUACAUAGCACGUCAGCCAUGUCUCUCCUAUAUGAGUGUGUGAACACAGUGAUAGCAGUCUUGAUCUCUCUCUCUUCGGGGAUGCCCAACCACAGUGCCAGCAUCCAGCUCUGUGUGCAGAAGCUGAGGAUCCUCAUAGAAGAUUCGGAUCAGAACUUGAAGUAUCUGGGACUGCUGGCCAUGUCCAAAAUCCUGAAAACUCACCCCAAAUCCGUCCAGUCUCAUAAAGACCUCAUCCUCCAGUGCUUAGACGACAAGGACGAAUCCAUCCGCCUCCGCGCCUUAGAUCUUCUCUAUGGAAUGGUGUCGAAGAAGAACCUGAUGGAAAUAGUGAAGAAGCUGAUGAUCCACGUGGACAAAGCCGAAGGGACGACCUACAGGGAUGAGCUGUUGACCAAAAUAAUUGACAUAUGUAGCCAGUCCAAUUACCAAUACAUCACCAACUUCGAAUGGUACAUCAGUAUCCUGGUGGAGCUGACCCGGCUGGAGGGCACUCGCCACGGGCACCUCAUUGCAUCCCAGAUGCUGGACGUGGCCAUCCGAGUGAAGGCUAUCCGGAAGUUUGCCGUGUCUCAGAUGGCAAUGCUGCUGGAUAACGCUCACCUCCUGGCCAGCAACACCCAGCGGAAUGGGAUCUGCGAGGUGCUGUACGCCGCCGCCUGGAUUUGUGGCGAAUUCUCUGAGCAUCUGGAGGAGCCGCACCAGACCCUGGAAGCCAUGCUGAGGCCGAAGGUCACCACCCUCCCAGGUCACAUCCAGGCAGUUUACGUCCAGAACAUGGUGAAGCUUUACGCCUCCAUUCUGAACCAGAAGGAGGAAGCCGGGGAGAAGGAGGAGGCCCAGGAGACCACCCAGCUGAUGAUCGAGCGCUUGCCUCAGUUCGUGCAGAGCGCCGAUCUCGAAGUCCAGGAGCGGGCGUCCUGCAUCCUGCAGCUAAUGAAAUACAUCCAUAAGCUCCAGUUAAAGGAGGUGCCGGUCGCUGAGGAAGUGACCGCCUUGUUCGCCGGGGAACUCAACCCCGUGGCCCCCAAAGCACAGAAGAAAGUUCCGGUUCCGGAAGGUUUGGACCUCGACGCCUGGAUCAACGAGGCUCCUUCGGACAGCGAGUCCGAGGACGAGAAGCCCAGGACAAUCUUCCACGAUGAAGAGACGAGGCACUCGCGGCACCGACAGCCCGAGAUGGACGAGGAGGAGCUAGCCAGGCGUCGAGAAGUCCGGAAGCAGGAGCAAGCGAACAACCCGUUUUACAUUAAGAGUUCUCCUUCCCCACAGAAACGGUACCAGGAUGCCCCUGGCGUUGAGCAUAUUCCUGUGGUUCAGAUUGACCUCUCUGUUCCCCUUAAAGUACCUGGCAUGCCAGUGUCUGACCAGUACGUGAAGCUGGAGGAGGAGCGCCGUCAUCAGCAGAAGCUGGAGAAAGACAAGAAGAAGAAGCAGAAGCAGAAGAAAGAGAAGCGGGGCGGCAAGCACCGGCGCCACAGCUCCCUCCACACGGAGAGCGAUGAGGACAUCGCACCUGCCCACCAGGUGGACAUCAUCACAGAGGAGAUGCCGGAGAAUGCUCUGCCCAGUGACGAGGAUGACAAGGACCCCAACGACCCCUACAAAGCGCUGGACAUAGAUCUGGACAAUCUGGUUUCAGGGAGAUCUGGCAGGCCUUUAGCAGACAGUGAGAAGCUCCCCGUCCAGAGGCACAGGGACGCCGGCGACCUCAAGUCUCCUCAAGACGCAGAAGUCCCCCCCGUGGAGAAGAAGAGCAAGAAGCCGAAAAAGAAAGAAAAAAAGCACAGAGAGAAAGAGAAGAGGAAAGAGCGGGAGAGGAAAUCGGAGGAGGAAGACAAAAAGCCUGACGACAUGGACUUCUGGCUGUCAGGCUCUCCACCCCCUGCAGCAGCAACGGAGACUGAGAGCAAGCUGGAGGUGAGUGCGGAAUUGGCAGAACCUGGAGAACCGGAAGAGGGCAAGAAGGAAGGGUACGAGGAAGAGGCAGAGGAGGAAGCCGAAGGAAAGAAAUCGUCCAAGCACAAGAAGAAGAAGCAUAAAAAGGAGGAGAAGUCCAAGGACAAGAAGAAGUCCAAGAAGCACCACGGAGAGGAGCUGCUGCCGACAGAGUCUGUGCAGAAUGGGACCCUGGAGGAUGAGCCUUUGCCGCCAAUGUCGAGUUACCGUCUUCUUGCUGAAAAUGCAUAUAUUACUAUGACCUACGAUAUCCAGGGGAACCUACAGCAGGAUAGCCAGGUCACCGUCUCCGUGAUCUUUGAGAACAAGAGCAGCAGCUUCCUUAAGAGCAUGGAGCUCAACGUAUUGGACUCUCUGAACACAAAGAUGCUGCGGCCGGAAGGCUCCUCGAUACACGACGGCAUCCCCGUCCCUUUCCAGUUGCCUCCCGGGGUCUCAAAUGAAGCCCAGUUUGUUUUCACCCUUCAGAGUAUCAUCAUGGCCCAGAAGCUAAAAGGAACUCUGUCUUUCAUAGUGAAAGACGACGAAGGUUCAACUCACGAAAAACUAGAUUUCAAGUUGCACUUCAGCUGUGCCUCUUACCUGAUCACGACGCCGUGUUACAGCGACGCUUUUGCCAAGUUGCUGGAGUCGGGGGAUUUGCACGGCAGCUCAAUCAAAGUGGACGGCAUCACGUCCCCAUUCCAUCAUGUAUUGGCAAAAAUAUGUUUCUACCAUCACUUCUCAGUUGUAGAACGAGUCGAAGCCUGUGCCUCCAUGUACAGUCGUUCCAUCCAGGGCCAUCACGUCUGCCUGCUAGUGAAAAAGGGAGAGGAUUCCGUGUCUGUCGAUGGGAAAUGUGACGAAUCUACCCUGUUGAGCAACCUGAUGUCUGAACUCAAGGAGACCCUUUCAAAGUGCUGAGUCCUCUUGGAGAAACUGGCUCAACCCCCCCUGUUCUCCCCUCUCCCCCCUCCCCCCCCCAAACAACGAUAUCAGCUCAUGGACUGACCCUGGCCAAACAGUUUCUCCCCUCCUCAUCUCUCCUUUUGUGCGCAUGUACAAUGCCCGGGACAUGUGUGUGUUUCAGUUCCAGUGCACCCUGGGUUGUGUUCUCUUUGUUUUCUUUUGUUUUGUUGCCGUUUACAUGUCCUAGAACUGUACUCCCAUCACCACCCCCCACAUUUCACACUUUCAGACCACUUGCGGUGUCCCUUUCCAAACGACCAGUGAGAUCUCUGCCACCGCUGCCUCCCUGGCAUGGGCGAGCCGGUUAUUCGAGGCGUCAAGGGGUCCGUGCCAGAGCCCCCGUCUGCGACAGCAGUGGCCUCAUGGUGAAAACACUGGCCCGCAGCCUCAGUCGCCUUCUCGUGGGGGGGAGGGGGGGCCUUAUCUGCUUGAAUCCGUCGCAGUUCCUGGGAAGGAAAACCAGGAGGAUUCGCACACAGUUCAUCUCCACGGUACCCAAACUGGGUCUUUCCCCCCCGGAGGAAGCAUCCGUCGCUGCGCAUUCCCAGAUGGACCAGACCCCCCCCUCCCCCCCCCCCCCCCCCGCUUCGCACAGCGAGGCUCUGCUGGUGUGCUUUGCAAUGUCCACUUGAAAUAAUCACAUUCCUGGGGGAAAAUACGUAGAAUGUAGCAAAAAGACAACUGGAAUUCCAAAGGCUUCUUGUUUUCCGUUUUUGGUUCUAUUGUUCCUUUUUCCCCCCCUCCCCGCCACUUCCCCGGCUUGCUGCGUGAGGUUGACCACUACCGGGCCUAGACUGUCCCAACAAAUUGCCUCCUCUUUAGUGACGUGACCUCCGGGGCCGACAUUUUAAACGUACGAGGCAGCCCUUCUGGGGGGCGGAUUUGUGCUCAUCCUGUCUUCUGUGUUGCUGUGCCUCCGUCUUCCGAACCCAGGAGGGGCCAGAUGUUCAAAACGAUGGAACGGCGUCAGGUACAGACAGGUGGACAGCUUGAAAAGCGAGGACAGCUUGAAAACUCUAACUUUGGCUGGAAACUUUAUUCUCUUCCCCGCCCUCCCCCCUCCCCCCGGCCCUUUUUCUACAAACCUAUUUUUUUUGUCCCCUGAAAUUGGGACUUGUUAACGGUUAUUUAUUUGAAACCUUGGGUGGAGAACAGCUACAAAUGAAGUAAAGCUCGCCAUUAUGUCAGCACUUAACAUUUCAGGACGCAUCUGUCGCUGUCAGUAUGUCAGAGGAGGUCCCCUGGUUUAGAAAUUCAGUAUGGGAGGGGGAGAGGGGCGGAAAAGAAAACAGCUGGAAGGAAGCAUGGUUUCAUCAGCUGACUUGUGCUUCUGCUUCAAGACACCUGGUACCUCAAUACACCUCUCUGUGGCUAGGGGUAUUUUCUUUUCCCCCUAAUAAAAGAAAUCAACUGUGGUGUGUCAGCUGUUUAUACGACUCUCCGAUGGGACUUGUCACAAGAAUCUGGGCCUCUUCCCCUUCCUGCAGUACGUUGUGCUGCUUUCGAUGUAUUUUGGGCAGCCCUGCAGAGGAAUCAGUUGCGUUUCACGGGCAGCGCGUUCUUGUUCAGAAUCGUCAAAAAAACUACACGCUCCUUGGAAUUAGUGGAUUUAAAUAUAUAUAUAUAUAUACAUAAAUAUAUAUAUCUAUCUUCCUGGAUGAAAAAAUGUCACUUUAGCAUGUUGAGUCUGUUCUCUUACAGAACCCUGUGCGGUGAUCCUAGAAAAAUUUUUUCUGAGAGCUCAGUAUGAAGUGUUAUAUUUAAAAAAAAGAAAAAAAACCUUAUUUGCUAUCAACAUUCCCCUAAAAGAGAAGAGAGAAGGAAAUAAAACACACACAUACCACGAAGCUGCUGUAAUAAAUUUUGUGUGAAGACGAUCCAAUAAAAUUUCAAAUCUA